CUAACUUAUAAACGCCAAAUACACUUUUUUGUUGGAUUAUUUAUUACCAUUCAGUAAAUAUAUUUGAGCCUUCAAGCUGAUCAUGAUGCAUAACUGAAGUUUAUGGAGGGGAAAGAAGCUAUAUACUAUAUGAUUUGGUGACUACCUUCAUCUUCAAACUUCUACUGAUCAUAUUUCAAUAUGAUGGCAAUGUCUUCAGAGCAGACAGCUGGACAAUCCAUAGAGCAGAGGGUGGAAGCAUUGAUAGACUCUGUGUUUGACAAUACAUUGAUAGGAAAUGCCUUCAGUAAUAUAGCAGCUAAAAGACCAGGUCAAACAUUGCAUGAUAGAUGCAUAGAAGGGGUGAAGGAUUUUUGGACAUCUCUCACAACUGAACCUAAGGAAACAAGAGACCUUGCCUUAAGACUGCUUGUGCAACACUUACAUAAACAAUGGAAUCAGAAGAGAGCAGAUGCUAUAUGCGCUGCUCUAGAGGGACUUGUAGAAAAGAGCCUAGUCGAAGCUAAGUCUGUUUGUGAUGCUCUCUUGUCCUGCGACAAGCUCACUGUUGAUGAAGAGUUACACUGGGUAGCUACGUUUAAACUGGCCAGAAAAAUUAUUGGUGGAGUAGACUACAAGGGUGUCAGAGAUCUACUCAAAGUUGUUUUAGAAAAAUGUCAACUUUUGAACAAUACAAACAACAUAUCCUGUCUCCCACUUAUCAAAGUUGUUAUUUCACUGGUGAAGUAUAUAAUCAAUAGAAAUUCAUGCCUGAUGCCUGCGUACCUUGCUAUCUAUGAAAUAUCAAAGUUUGAAUCAGACAAAAACCAACUGUGGCCUCACUGGCCUCUGGGGAAAGUUCUUUGUGAUUUUGUUGAUGGGUUUAGGCACUGUGCUCAGAUGGUUUCUAUCUCUGGUAGAAAUCAGCUUCUGCCCAUAGUUGGCCACUCUAUGUCAUCCAGCAAUGUGUGGAGACUCAACAGAAUGACUUUAAGAUUUGCUCUCAACGGGCCUUUACCUUACAACAGAGAACUACAAGAGCCACAAAACAACUUACUUCGUUAUGUUCUAGAACAACCUUACUCUAGGGAAUUAGUUUGCAACAUGCUGGAGCUCAACAUACAGGCAAAGCAGCUUUGUGAAGUUCUAGAGCAGCAACUGGUUGAUCUGCUGGUUUUAGCUCUGGAGAGAUUUGAACACGAGAGCGCUAGUCAAGGGGACUCCCAGCUACAGUGGCAGCACUUGUCUUCACAGCUCAUUUACUUUGUUCUCUUCCAGUUUGCCAGCUUUUCUCACAUUGUGCUCUCCCUCUAUGAGAAGCUGAAAGGGAAGAAUUUGAAAAAGGGCAGGCACCACUUGAUGUGGGUGCUGCUACAAUUUAUCUCAGGAAGUAUUCAAAAAAAUCCAAUAGAUGACUUCCUACCCGUGAUGAAACUCUAUGAUUUGCUGUAUGAUGACAAGGAGACCAUACCUGUACCUGACAUCAACAGCCCCCAGUCCACACAUGUCAUGGCCGCCACAUGUAUUUGGAUUCACCUGAAUAAAAAAGCUGGCAAUAUUAAAUUGAGACCCAUCCCCGUAUCACUUAAAGAACACCUAGACUUCCUGAAACAAAAUUUAAAAUCCCUCACACUACAAGGGUACAGGAUAGCUUUAAUGUGCAAUGCUUAUAGCACUGAUACGGAUAACUUUAGCAGACCAAUGGGCUUCUUGGUUGAGACCAUAUAUGGCAACAACAAAAACACCACACUUUUACCUGGCAAUGUCGUGGCAUCUGCUCCAACUGCCCCUCUACAGAUGAACUUUCUUGAUUCUUUAACUGUCCAUGCCAAAAUGAGUUUGAUACACAGUAUUGUGACGCGAGUGAUAAAACUGGCUAAAAAUAAAGCAUCAGCUGCACUAGCGCCAUCUCUGGUGGAAACUUACAGUCGGCUGUUGGUGUAUAUGGAGAUAGAGAGUCUUGGGAUUAAAGGCUUUAUAAACCAGCUGCUGCCCACUGUUGUUGAGAACCAGGCUCUGGGCAUCCUCCACACCCUGCUGGAGAUGUUUUCAUACAGGCUGCACCACACACAGAUUAACUACCGCAUCCAGCUCCUGGCACAUUUACAUCAGAUGUCUAACAACCAACCAAUCAACCAAAACCAGUUGUACAUGUGUGUUGAGAGCACAAUACUGAAGUUGAUAAUUGGACUAGGAAGCUCCGAGGUCCAGCCCCAACUGUCUAGGAUCUCAAGUGAAGCCAAAGGCGGAGCCUCGUUUCUUGUCAGUGACUCAGAGGAGUUGAACAGAGCACUGGUCUUAACUAUAGCCAGAGCCAUGCAUGUCACUGCUGUGGAUAACAUGUCCAGCGUGUGGUGUGAGGACAUAUUGAAUGUUAUAAUGCAGAAAACACCCAUCAGCUGGUCCUCAAAUACCCUGCAGUGUUUCCCACAGAGUCUAGCUGAAUACUUCCAAAAGAAUAAUGUCAGCAACAAGGAUAAUAAAAAUCAACUCAGAACAUCAGUGGAAAAUGAAUACAGAAAAUGGAAAAGUAUGGGAGGUAAUGAGAGUGGUAUAAUUGCACACUUUUCAAUGCAGAGUAAUCCUCCACUCUUCUUGUGCAUCAUUUGGAAAAACAUUCAAGAUGAGAAUAGGGUUCCAUCUACAGCAUUUAAAGUAUUAGACAGACUUGGACCUCGUGCUCUGACUGCACAUCUCCGAACUUUUGCUGACUAUUUGGUUUAUGAAAUAGCCUCUAGUCCUGUCAUGCAAAAUUCUUCAAAGUGCAUUGAUGCUCUGACUGAUAUGAUGUGGAAGUACAACAUCAUUACCAUUGACAGGCUAGUGCUCUGCUUGGCCCUGAGAUGUCUGGAAGGUAAAGAAGCUCAAGUACAAUUUGUAGUCAUCCAGUUCCUGCUCACUGCUAAACCAGAUUUCAAGACUCGCAUCCAUGACUUCAUCAGAGAGAAUACAUCUGAGCACUGGUCCCAGUCCAACUGGCAUGAUAUUCACAUGAACUUCCACAAGAAAUACCCAGAAAAGUUCUACUAUGAAGGAACAGGUUCACAAGAUCUAAACCCUAUCCAACACCAGUAUUUGCCUGUUUAUUUUGGCAAUGUUUGCCUUCGUUUUAUUCCAGUUUUAGAUCUGACGAUUCAUCGAUUUCUUGAAGUUGCUCAGAUGCAAAAAUCUCUGGAAAUGAUUCUAGAUCAAAUUGGAGGGCUGUAUAAAUUUCAUGAUCAUCCAAUAACCUACCUGUACAAUACUCUGUUCUACUAUGAGAAAAGACUGGCUGAUAAAACACAUGUCAAAAGGAAAUUAGUUAGCGCUAUUAUAGGUGCAUUUAGUGACAUCAGACCAGAGAACUGGUGCCUGUCUGAUGAUUACCUGCAGUACAUGAAGAGGUCGCAGGAUGAAUCCCCCUGGACACCUGACCAGGACUACUACAUUAAACUUAUCAGCAGGUUAAGAAAGACAAUACUGGGUGAGCUCCCUCCCCCAUACCCAUCAGCUGACUGGAGAUUCAAUGAAUUUCCCAAUGCUGCAGCCCAUGCUCUACAUUCCAUCUGUGUUGAGCUCAUGGCACUUCCUGUUUCAGCCCAGACUGUGGGGGAGGCCAUAAUUGAUGUGUCACUCAGACCGUGCUCUCUGCUGCCACCACAGAAAGACAUGAUGUCAUGGUACAAUGCUGUUGGCCUGAUUCUCACUGCCCUACCUGAAUCAUACUGGAGUGUUCUCAAUGAGCGGAUACUGAAAGCUAUUACCUCCCCUAUGCUGGAGACCCCUGCAGCUCACCAUAGUCCCUUUAAAAUUUUCAACGUGAACCUGUCACAUCUACAAAAUGCUGAACAUCAGUGCUCCACUGUGCUGGAACUGUGUCAUGGUGUGUGGCACCAUGCAGGCAUCGGACAGUUGUCACAUUUACCUCAGUUUGUAAAAGAGAAAUUAAAACCAGUCAUAAAACAUGAGAACCAGUUUAUUUUCUUAUGCCAUUUGGUUGGCCCAUUCCUCCAACGCUUCCAUAUGGAGAGGACACGCUGUUUAUUAGAGCUGACUGUAGAACUGUAUGAGAUUCUCCUGAAUGUGGACAGUAAAAGUGAACAUCUUUAUCACAUGGACGCCAUCUGUGAUUAUCUUUAUCACAUCAAGUACAUGUUUGUAGGGGAUGGAGUGCGCAGUGAUGUGGAGAAAGUCAUCUGUAAGUUGAGACCCGCCCUCAAACUCAGACUUCGCUUUAUCUCACACCUCAACAUGGAGGAAACUACAGCUGUUGUUCCCACCACCUCAACUCCUAUCAGUGCCCCAACACAGUAGAUUUCUUACUGCUUCAACUACCAACACUGUCCCAGCACAGUACAUUUUUUACUACUGUAACUACUAGCAGUGCCCGAAGACAGAAGAUUUCUUACUGCUUUGACUACUUGUGUCCUUACACUAUUUUGCUGGCAUUUACAGGCUUGGGAAUUUUCUCCUGUUCCUUAGUAUGAAAAAAACAUAGAUCUAGCGUUGUUAUUAGCAUAAAAUUUCGUAUUUGUUGUUACACCGCUUCAUAUGUUGUAAGCAAAGUAAAUAAUAAUGUAAUAAUAUCAAAAUUUUUAUCUGCUUUGUCUCUGUUUUCUGUGUUGUUGUUGUACAAAAUUUUGUAUUUUACAAUUUAUAAAAUGUUUAUAUUAACUUUAUAUAGUAUGAUUUUAUUAUGGUUAGUUAUUCAUGGUAAAAUAUUACUUUUUAUUGAUGAGUAGGUUUUUAAUUAUUUUGUAAUAAUUUGAGCAACUUUGUUUGGUCAAUGUUCUUCUUUAUUUGAUGUGGAAAUUGUCAGGGGGUGUUGUGAUCUCAUCUUUUUUUACCAUUAAAAUUGUGUAGCAAAAAUACCAUCACACCAUCACCCCUGGGUAUAUUAAUUAUGAUAUGAAUGAAAAUAAAAUGUG